AUGGAAGGGUCGAAACCUGGUGGUCGACAACAAAACCUGUUUCCAAAGUCCCUCAAGGAGAUCGUCAAAUUGACAGAACCUGUCCCAUCAAGCUGGAAAACCGUUGAAAGAGUCAACGAGCACGUUGAGCAUGACCCUACUAACAAGAAGAAUGCAUACGUUACAUGGCAGCAGGGAACCCAGGACACAUCUGGGCCGGUCCCAGGAGGAUGGAUCACCUGGAUAGUUUUCGGAAGGAUAAAGGGCUUCACUCUCGGGGCCGACUGUUGGAACCCUCACUGGGAUGGUGUUUGUCUGGGAUAUCUGAGCCCUAGCGGCGAAGUCUGCGGACAUCAUCAAUUUUAUCUCCUUAUUACGCACCAUCCAACCAGACUCGGGCCCCAGGUGUCUUCCUUGGCCCUCACGUCCUUGUACUUUGUUUAUGGCGGAUCCGCUAGCAUCGUCUGCCAAGCCAAUCCGGACGAUCAACUCCUAGUUUUCGACCCAGGCCCGCCGUCGGCUUGUGUAGGCUGGUACGAGGCUGGUGCUUUCUGGGAGCUACCGUUAGAUACCUAA